AUGAGCUUUAUAGGUUCGAGAGCAUCACUCACAGCAGGCACACUUUUCAAAAGGUCUCGGAACGUGAUUCCGGCUGCGUUUAGCCGGUCGUUCCAGGCCAAACGGGGUCCUGCACCUCCACAGCUGCCAAAAGAGGAGCAAGAAGAAUUUGAGAGGCUGCAGCGCAUCGCGCAGUCGCAGGAGGCCAUCGACGAGUAUAACCGUGAGAUUGAGAACGAUACGACAAAGGAAAGUGCGAAGUCUCCGAUCUUGAAGGCAGAUAUCGGUGGGUUCUCUCCUGAGUUUUCGAAAACUAUUCCAGAGUUCGCAGGCGACGUGAAUCCAAAGACAGGGGAGCGCGGCGGACCUAAACAAGACCCGCUCAAGCACGGCGACUACUCUUUUAAUGGCAGGGUGACUGACUUCUAG